CGAGUAACGAAAACAGGGUCACAUCAUACCUAACGUCUCUGCCUGUAAAUUCUCAUUUAAAUAUCUAGAUCUAACGAACAUGGACGACAUCGACAACCUUGACGACCUACACCUAAGAUUACCUUCGUCGCUCCGCACAUCCUCUACCUUGAAAUAUGCACCAGUGCACCGUGCAAAGCGCGCGCGACUGGCGCGUGCACUAAGCGGAAGACUAGAUAGGGUGGGCGUGCUUGGAGGAGAAGACUGGGGACAUACUGGCUGCGUCAACGCGGUUAGCUGGGCGCAGGAUGGAGAGCUGCUGAUUACCAGUGGGGACGAUACCAAGAUUCGUGUCUGGCGGAUGGACCCGUCAGGUUCUACUGGUGCGGACGCAUCUAGUAGCUCUGGUUCAAGCCGCUCGUCAAGUGUGACCGCAGAGGCAGAGAAAUCGCCGAACGUUGCAAGUCAGGAAGAGUAUCCAUUCGCGUGUCAGUCAGUAAUCAGCACGGGUCACACACAAAAUGUCUUCAACGCGCAGAUGCUUCCAUUUUCCACCAGGAUUGCGUCAGUCUCUGGAGACCGGCAAGUCCGCGUGUUCGACGUGGGCGAGGCGGUGGGACGGUCUCCCACGGGGAGCGAAAUGGAGUAUACCACGCGGGAGUCGUGCAUUCGUGUGCUGCGCUGUCACACUGGGCGCACGAAGCGCAUCAUCACCGAGGACAGCCCUGAUCUGUUCCUGACCGUAGCUGAGGAUGGCCAAGUGCGUCAACACGAUCUGCGCACAUCACAUUCGUGCACAUCAGGCGCGUGCCCUGCACCGCUGGUGACACUCCCACACGAGCUCUCAACGAUUGCACUUUCACCGCUCACACCGUAUCAGUUCGUCGUGGGCGGUGAGUCGCCAUAUGCGCACUUGUUCGACCGCCGGCAUGCGGGGCGUUACUUGCGUGCAGAAUGGGGCGUCCCUCCUGAUGCAGACAGUGCAACAACAUGCGUCAGGAGGUUUGGGCGCCGUUCUCGUGCAAAGGGAGAAAGAAAGGGAUAUGAACAUAUUACAGGCGCACGGAUGUCUACCUGGAAUGGGCACGAGGUGUUGUUAUCAUAUAACUCGGACGGGGUGUUUCUCUAUUCGACGCGAGACGAGCCUGAAAUUUUACAGGACAAUCGAGCUCCGCACUCGAUCCUUACGCCUAAUGCGAAGCGGAGACGGUUCAGCACGACAAAGUCGCCGUCUUCGCAUGGUGAGCCUUUAACUGGCCCGGAUGUGGAGAUGAUUGUCGAGGACCAACUGGAAUCAUUACUUGCAGACAAUAUUGAUGCAAUGGAUGAUGUUGAUGAGGAAUCGCAAGAAGAUGAAGAAGACGAUGAUGAUGACGAGGAUGACGAGGAUGAGUUUGACCGCAUGUUCACCCCCGAAGACGCAGAUGCACACCAGGCUGUGCCCGUGGUUUAUCCGCGUAUGCGGUUUACUGGGCACUGCAAUGUCGAAACAGUCAAAGAUGUAAAUUUCCUAGGGCCUCAUGAUGAGUUCGUAACCUCAGGGUCUGAUGAUGGCAACUUCUUCAUCUGGCGGAAGUCAACUGGGGAACUUGUCGACAUUCUGGAAGGUGACCAGCAUGUGGUUAAUGUGAUUGAAAGCCACCCGCACUUACCUCUGGUUGCCGUCAGUGGUAUCGACACGACGGUCAAGUUGUUUGCCCCUGCUCGUGGAGUGCCAUCAUUCUCGAGGUGGAACAACGCUGAAACGAUUAAAAAGAACAAUGCACGUGCAUCGCGGACAGGUUUAAGUGGGAGCGCGGAGCUGCAAUUCGCGCAUCUCGUCCUAAACUACGAACAGGCGCUACGGGGGAUCCGAGAUGGCGGAGGGGAGCAGUCAGAGGCGCAGUUGACGCAGUGCAUAAAUCAAUGAAGGACGUAUCUGUCGUAUGUGUGUAGUAUAUAUACAGAACUUAGUAGUAAACUUGGUUUCGGACGUGGUGGCAUAUCACACGCAUGGGGUCAAGUCGUGGCU